GCAGAAGUGUACUUCCAGAAGCAAGACCUCUGCUCUUGGCAGCGAGGAAAGUGAAUCCAGAAAGAACGCUGAUCCACAUCUUGAUGUAUCCAGAGACUACAUCUUGUUCAACCCCACACACCUGGCAGCUGCCAUGAAGAGGGCCAGACUUCAGCAGUCAUUACAGAAUCAAUCUGCCUCUGUGCUCACUAUCCCCAGUGGAUUAGAGCUCAGUACUCUCGCUGACACUUUACCUCAGCCAGGCAAUGCCCUGUGUGCUCCUGCAGAGCAAGCUGAAAAGCUUCUGUUAUCCAGCUGGGGUUUGCCAAAACCUGUACUAGAAUGUUACGAGAAACAUGGAGUGACUUGCAUGUUCGAGUGGCAGGCUCAGUGCCUCACCGUCGGACAGGUGCUGCAGGGGGGUAACCUGGUAUACUCUGCCCCGACUAGUGCUGGAAAAACUCUGGUGUCUGAAUUGCUGAUGUUGAAGCGUGUGUUAGAGACCAAAAGAAAAGCUCUCUUCAUUUUGCCCUUUGUCUCUGUGGCCAAAGAAAAGAUGCACUACCUUCAGACUGUAUUUGUGGAGGCAGGAGUUCGUGUGGAGGGAUAUAUGGGUAGCACUUCAGCUGCCGGAGGCUUCGCAGCACUGGAUGUGGCUGUUUGCACCAUAGAAAAAGCCAACUCUCUGAUUAACAGACUCAUUGAAGAAAACAGUAUGGGUCUACUGGGUAUGGUGGUGGUGGAUGAGUUGCACAUGGUUGGAGAUUCUGGAAGAGGAUACCUGCUUGAACUGCUCUUAACCAAAAUCCGCUACAUUGCGCUGAAGCAGAACACCACAGGGUCUCUUUCUGAGGGUGUACAGAUCAUAGGAAUGAGUGCCACCUUGCCUAACCUCUCCCUCCUGGCUAGCUGGUUAGGUGCCGAACUUUACCAGACAGACUACAGACCUGUACCCCUGCAGGAGCAUCUCAAAGUGGGUUGCAACAUCUAUGACAAGAACCUGUCUGUGGUCCGGCAGUUCACUCCUGCACUCCACAUUAUUAAGGGUGAUGAUGACCACAUAGUGAGCUUGUGCUAUGAGACAGUGAGAGAGGGGCACUCUGUGCUGCUUUUCUGCCCCUCAAAGAACUGGUGUGAAAAACUGGCAGACAGCAUCGCCAGAGAAUUCUACAACCUCAGGCGUACUGCUCAAGGUGAUAUGGACCCCUUGCCAGUGUGUCUGGACCAGGAAGGAUUAGUAGAUGUUAUAGCGCAGUUGAAACGGACUCCUGCUGGCCUAGACCCCAUCCUCCAGCGAACUGUGCCAUGGGGGGUGGCCUUCCACCACGCAGGGUUGACAUUUGAUGAACGUGACGUGUUGGAGGGAGCUUUUCGUCAGGGCAUGGUCAGAGUCCUGGCAGCCACUUCUACCCUUUCUUCAGGGGUUAAUCUCCCAGCUCGCAGGGUAAUUAUUCGAACCCCUACAUUCAAUGGACACUUGUUGGACCCACUCACAUACAAACAGAUGGCUGGGAGAGCAGGGAGAAAAGGAGUAGACACUACAGGUGAAAGUGUCCUGGUGUGUAAGGAGGCUGAGCGACAGAAAGGUAUCUGUCUCCUUAAGGGUACUCUUCAGCCAAUCAGGAGCUGCCUGGUGAGAAGGGAAGGGGAAGGUGUCACCACUAGCAUGCUGCGAGCCAUUCUAGAGAUCAUUGUCGGCGGUGUAGCUAGCACUCCACAGGAUGUGACAUUAUAUGCUUCGUGCUCUCUACUGGCUGCCAGCAUGAAAUGUGACAGCAAAAAUGAAUUAAUUGAAGAGACCAGCAAAGGAGCUAUUGAGGCCUGUGUUGAAUGGCUGAUGGAGAAUGAAUUUAUUAGUAUCCAGAAGGACGGACAAGAUGAGCGGUACUGUCCGACUCAACUUGGUGCUGCCACCCUGUCCUCUUCCCUCUCUCCCCCUGAAGCUCUGGGAAUAUUCGCAGAUCUCCAGCGCGCCAUGAAGGGCAUUGUACUGGAAAAUGACUUGCACAUUCUGUAUCUGAUCACCCCGUUGUACGCAGAGUGGACUACCAUAGAUUGGUAUCACUUCUUCUGUCUAUGGGAACAGCUCUCGUCAUCAAUGAAGAGAGUAGCAGAACUGGUGGGUGUCCAGGAAGGUUUUCUCGCACGGUCUGUCAGCGGGAAACUUGUCGCCAAGACAGAAAAGCAGUGUAGACAGAUGGCAGUUCACAAACGGUUUUUCACCACCCUCGUGCUACAUGAUCUGGUGAACGAGGUACCUUUGGGAGCAGUUGCAUUGAAAUACAACUGCAAUCGUGGGCAGUUACAGUCUCUUCAGCAGUCUGCUUCUACAUAUGCAGGUAUGGUAACAGUGUUCUGCAAGCGUCUGGGCUGGCACAACAUGGAGCUGCUGUUGUCCCAGUUCCAGACCAGGCUGAGUUUUGGAGUCCAGAGGGAGCUGGUCGACCUGGUCAGGGUUUCCCUCUUGAAUGCAACACGAGCCAGAUCACUCUAUGCACAAGGGCUCUGUACUGUCGCUGAACUAGCUAGGGCUACUGUAGCUGAUGUGGAGAAAGCCUUGAGGAAUGCAGUCCCAUUUAAGAGCUCCAAACGCGCAGUAGAUGAGAGUGAGAUGGAGGCAGCUGAGAGACGGAGCCUCCGCUGCGUCUGGGUGAGCGGUGGACGGGCCCUGACGGAACAGGAAGCAGCAACUGAGAUAGUGUCCGAGGCAAGGCUCCUCCUUCAGGAAGAUCUGGCCAAGCUAGGAGUACAGUGGGACCCAACCACACUUCCUCUUGAAGCACCUACUGGCAACAGCCCUGAUAACCAUCACAACAGCGACUCUGCCAACUCAUCUGGCUGCAUCACUGCACAAGAACCAAAGGCAGAAAAGAGUAAAGAUUAUCAGGAGAGAGACAGGCUUAAGAAAAGUGAGAGUAGGAAUAUUGACAUGCAUAGAGAUGAGAUUCAGGAAGAAUAUAAACAAGAGAAAAGAAUGGCUGAAAGGAAAAUUGAGAAGCCAAAGGGAGAAGUCAGGAGAGAGGCAGGGGAGCUCAAACCUCAGGAGACAGAAAUCAACAGAAAAUUGGAGGACCACAAAAAGGAAGGCAGCAGAGAAACAGAAAUUGGAGUAAGAGAUAAUGAAUUGCCAGUGGAAAGAGACAAAGUAACAAAGAAAGAAGGGACAAAUACAAAAUUAUGCAUGACAAAUGACACUGAAAAUACAGAUGAAAUAAGAGAAGGAAAAAAGUACAUAAGGUCAGAGCAAGAGAAGGAACCGUGCAAAAAAUCAGAGGAGAGAGAAGGCAUGAAAAGUGAGAAAAGUGAAGGUAUAGUCUCAGUUGGAGCAGGGGGUCAACAAGCAAAACGACCCAUUCCUGAAAGGAGCCUGACACAGGAAUUGGCUGAUAUUGUCUCCAGUCUUCCUUCUUUGCUGCCACAUCCUCAGCCUUUACCUUCUCCAGAGCUACCUCCUCGUUUUAGAGCACCAAUAUCCCGGGUAGAAGAACAAUUAAAUGCUUCUACAAGGACAGCAAAAGGAGAUGGUAUCACAGGGCUUCCUGUGUCACCUUUCCAACUAGGUAGACUGAAGCACAUGCAAGCCCUAAGAAAAGUCCUCCACUCCAUACAAACUGACAAAAGCCUACAAAAUAAUGUAGAAACUAGGCAGACUUCCUGCCUGGCCUCUGUCCACGACCCUACACCUUCUGUCCAGGUGCCUACCACUGUUCAAGUGCCUGACCAUGUGCCACAAACUCCCCCCACAGUUUCUGCUCCUUCAAAUGCAGACACAUUAGAUUCUCCUCAGUCUGUUUCUCCUGCCUCAGUUCCCCUUUUUUCUCCUGAGGCCAAGCGAAGAAGGACAGAGGGUGAGGAAAUAGAUAAGUUCUCAUCUCCUGAGCUAUUCACAGGAGAAGAGAGAUAUGAAGAAGUCCAAGGAGUUGUUAAAAAAGGAGAAGAGAGUUUUGGGGACAGUUUUGAAUUGGACACUCAGACAGAAAAAAUCAUUAUUCAACAGACAAUCCAAUCCAGAAAUGGGAAUGGUAGAAGUAUGAAUCAGUUGGUAGAAACAGAAAAGACAAGAGAGGAUGAAAUGGUAGAGACAGCUGCUGAGAUGGAGAGCAACACAGAUCACAGAAGAAAUGAGCUUGAAGCCCCUGACAAAGCAUGUCCCAGAUUCAGUAUUUCUCUCACAGAGAGCCAAAUGGAACUCAUCCUUAACACCAGCCACCAGAUUUCUCCUGGUCCUGGUGGUGGUGAUGAAAAUGAAGGUAGUAGUGAUGAUGGCAACCAGGUUGCUUCUGAGAGUAUGAACAGAAGCAGUAGCUUCCUGUUUGACAGUCUGUUCGAUAGCUCCCUGCUGGCUAGCCUGAGCCCACAUCAGAACCUUCAGCAAUCAGACGAAGAGGAAUGUGUUGGCCAGGGCAUCCAAGAUGAGCUGCCUCUUCUGUCGACCCAGGAGCGACGACGCAGUGAGCUUCUCGCCAACCAAGAGGCGGACAAGCAGGAGGCAAUCCAAUGGGGCGAGUCGUCCUUCAGCUUGUCAGAGUGGGGUGACAUGCUGUUGGUGGGUGAACAUUUCCUGGAGAGGCAGAGCCACCGCAGACAUUCAGAGAAAACACAAAAAGAGCAGGGAGCAUUCCAACCCAACGCAGAGUGUGUCCUGCCUGAGCAACGUGUGUCAGAUUCACAGUCUGAACCCAGUCAGUUACAGCCACAGCCUGACUGCAUUACAUCUCAACAUGAGCUCACCAAGGGCAAAGACAAGACUAAUCGAGGCCAUACACGCCAAGUUAAGCAGUUCACUAGUGGCCAAAAUAACAAUAAACCAGACGGGGCACAGGGAAGGAGAAAUGAAAGGGGUGAAAAUGGAAAGAGGGUAGAAAAGGAAAGCAAGGAGGAGAAGGAAAAAGAAGAGAAAAAACUGACUGUUUUAUUGUCAGAUACUAUGCCUGAAAGUACUCCUCGCUGCAGCCCUGGUUUACAAGAGAUCUUUGACCUCUGGCCUAGCAUGUCUGACCAGCCCUGGCAAAACACUCCAGCAGGCCACACAGCUACUCAAAAAUUCACAAAUGCUACAAACACAGUGCAAGCUCCAAACCUACCUCAGCCCUCAAAACAAGUGGGCCGAAAAAGGGGAAAGCUAAAUGUGCAAUCUACUGCUGAGAGUGAUUCUCAACUUGUGCAACCCUCAAGACAUGACACUAACCAUGUCGCUGAGAGAACAGGCUCUGCUGGUGACCUUAUUCCACCUUCCCAGGAUAACCAGUUGACUCGAUUACCCCUUCCUCCACAGCAGUCAGCAGCCCCAAAAUGUCCUAAAUUUCACCCAGGACACAGGAAUCUAUCAAAAGCUGUUUUUGACAAUAAACAGCUAAAAUUUACAUUAGAUCACCACCACAAACACCAGGUGGGAUGGGAACCGAAGACUCUACCUGAACCUGACUUGAAGUCUGGUCCUCUGCUACAUACUGACCAGAACGUCAGUCCUCCCUGGGAUUGUGCUUCACCAUCCUCCCCCCAACCGAAGCCUCCCUCUGAUACAGAUUCACCUGUGGCUGAUGAGGGCUUCACUCUUCAGCUGUCCCAGGAUGUAUCGGUCUGUUCCAGCAACUCUGGGACCUUCUCCAUUAUAGAUGUAGCAAGUGACAGGCACCUCUUUGACACUUUCAUUCAAGAGUGGAAAACAAAGGAGCGGUAUUCUCUGGCUUUGGCCUGUGAAAUGCGGGAGCAAAGACAGCAGUCUGAGGAGGAAAUAGGAGGGAAACACAAGAGAGGUAACCACAAAGUGUCAGCAGCUCACUGGCAGCUUAACAGGGCUGAUGGUUUUCCAGUAAUUGACAGUGAUGGACUGGUGUUAAUUGGACUGUCUCUCUGCUGGGGAGCGAGAGAUGCAUACUACAUAUCUCUGCAGAAAGAGCAGAGCAAAGGUUUGAGCUCCAGCUUGGCCCCUCCUCUCCUUGAUGAUGAUUUGUUAGUAAGUGAGAGGCUGGAGCAGGUGAAGACCUGUCUGAGCAGGCCAUUGGCGGGUCAUAGAGGAGGUGUGGUUGUCACAUAUGACAUCAUCCAGGUGUAUAAGAUGCUAGUCCUGAGCUGUGGCAUCACCUUGGAGGGCAACUGCGAAGACCCCAAGGUGGCGUGCUGGCUGGUGGAUCCUGGCAGUGAGGAGAGGACACUAGCCAACAUGGUGACUGUGUACUGUCCUGAAGAAUUGCCUCUGGUGGAUGGACUGCUGCAUGCACACUGUCCUCGUGUUAGGGCAGCAACAAAGAGUGUGCUCAUACAUGCUGUCAUGAAUCAUCUGACUGGCCUGCUGGAGAAAGACGGCAUGCUGGAUUUAUUUAGGAGCAUUGAGAUGCCUUCCCAGGUAUGUUUGGCUCUGUUGGAAUUGAAUGGAUUUGGCUUCAGCGUUGAAGAGUGUGAGAGACAAAAGCAUAUAUUGCAAGCCAAACUCACAGCGCUGGAAUCUCAGGCUUACAGCCUGGCUGGACACACCUUCUCCCUCACCAGCAUCGAUGACAUAGCACAGGUGUUGUUCUUGGAGCUCCACCUGCCUCCAAAUGGUGAUGCGAGUGGAUCAAAAAGUAAGAAGACUUUGGGCUACACCAGGAGAGGUGGUGGCAGAAUUAGGCUUGGAAAGCAGUUCAGUACCACCAAGGAUGUUCUGGAGAAGCUUCGUCCCUUGCACCUGUUGCCAGGGGUGAUUCUGGAGUGGAGGCGGAUCACUAACGCCUUGACUAAAGUGGUGUUCCCCUUGCAGAGAGAGAAACGAUACCACCCUGUACUGGCUAUGGAGAGAAUAUACCCCAUUGUCCAGACACACACAGCCACAGGUAGAGUGAGCUUCACUGAGCCCAACAUACAGAACGUCCCCAAAGACUUUGAGAUUUACAUGCCCAUGGAGGUGGAUGAGAGCCCACGCGAUGGCUGCCAAAUGACCACCAGACCAGGAAAGAAGAGAUGUUCUGUGAUGCCUUCAGUUGCAGCUGGGACUACAGAACAAGGCCCAGCCUUCUCAGUCAGGAUGAGACACACCUUUAUACCUUUUUCAGGUGGAAUGAUACUAGCAGCCGAUUAUUCCCAGCUGGAGUUGAGGGUAUUGGCUCACUUAUCCAGGGAUCGACGACUUCUACAGGUGCUGAAUGGAGGAGCAGACGUGUUUCGCUGCAUUGCUGCUGAGUGGAAAAGUGUUGACCCAGAGACAGUAAACGACAACCUUAGACAACAGGCGAAACAGAUUUGCUAUGGCAUUAUCUACGGGAUGGGAGCCAAGUCUUUGGGAAAGCAAAUGGGAGUGGAGGAGAACGAUGCAGCCUGUUACAUAGAAAGUUUCAAUGCCAGAUACAAAGGGAUCAGUGCUUUCCUUAAAGAGACAGUAAAGAACUGUAUAAAGAACGGUUAUGUUCAGACUCUGACAGGCCGUAGGAGAUACCUACCUGGAAUCACUAAUACCAACGCGCACAUCAAAGCUCAGGCAGAGCGUCAGGCAGUGAACACAACUGUCCAGGGUUCAGCUGCAGACAUAGUUAAACUUGCCACUGUGAACAUCCAGAAGCGACUGCAAGAAAUCUAUCCUGAGGCUCCACUGUCUCACCAGCACACACGCUCAGCGUUGUCCAUUACAGUCAGCAAUCAGUGCCGGGUUCGGACGCCUCAUCUCAGAGGAGCCUACUUUGUCCUGCAGCUGCAUGAUGAGCUCAUCUAUGAAACCACAGAGGAAGAUCUCAUACAGGUUGCACAGAUAGUCAAGAGGGAGAUGGAGUCGGCAGUAAAACUCUAUGUAAAGCUUAAGGCCAAAGUCAAGGUGGGACCGAGCUGGGGGAACCUGCAGGACCUAGAUCUAUAAUGUGAAUGUUUUAAUGUUUGAGUCCAAAUCAAACACCAUGAUGUUACUGCUCGAAAACCUGGUAUACCUGUAAAUGGUAAUGUAAAUAAAUACUAAAAUAUUUAUUUGUAAUCACUACAGUGGCAGCAAUGAAAUGUAAGAAGCCCAAGUCUGAUUGCACUAUGAACUCUGAAAUAUCACGUUUACUAUUCUGUUUUCUAGCAUGUGGUGUCAAAAACAUUUAAUAUAAAUUUAUUACUGAUAUCACAGUACUAGUCAUGAUAUUAUACACAAGAUGACACUCAUGUAAUAAAAUGAAAUGUUUUUAUUCUAUUUUUAAAAAGUCUAUUUUGAACACUUGUCAACAAACAGCCAACAGUUGUUUUCAACAUUUGUUAAUGUGUAGGUUAUAAUUGUUUAGUCUAUGAAACAUUGAAAGAAAAAAAGCCCAUCACACCUCCCGGACCUCAAGAUGCAUGAACAAAAAAAUCUUUUAUUGUUCGACCUAAAGUCCAAAACCUAAAAAGAAUCAGUUUAUAACAAUACAUGGCAAAGAAAAUCCUCUUGUGUGUGAAUUUAAACCUGGAGAAUGUCUGACAUUUGUUUACAACUUUUCCUUUGAAAGAAUUACUGAAAAGCUUAUUUGAUUAUCAGAACAGU